GUGCAAGAACAGGAGGAUCCUGUUGCAUCAGAAACGGAGGGCCUUAAUUCUGCAGUUCCAGGCGGAGAGCCAUUUCUGAGUCCAGAGGCCAUUGGACUUCUGGGAGAUGCGGUAACUGACUCGGUGAUGUCUGUAGGGCGCAGCACUGUUGAGAUUGCCUUGCCUUGGGAAGCUUCUGGCAUGAACCUGAUUUUCCGAGAGGAGGAUCCGGUGGAUGUCAUGCUGAAUAGUUUGCCUGCCAGCAUCCCAGUGCCUGCGCCUCCAGUGCAGCCCGAAGAGCUCGUCAAGGAGCCUCCGAUGAAACGCGCGAGGCCGUUUCCUGAGAGUGGCGAAUGUUUUCGAGGGGCGAUUUCUUUGCAGGGCUACGACAACGAUGAGGAUAAGGUUGAGGGUGUCUGGAGACGGGCAUUGGAAAAGUGGUUGGUCGUGGUGACUGCAUGCCCGGGGACUUCGCUGAUUGGGGACAGAGUGUCGAAGAUGGCUGCGACAGAGGCUGCCGAAACUCUCCGGGAGCUUUUCGGGAGGAAGAGUGCUGCCACUGUUUUGAAGCGAGGGUCCGCCCUCGAGGCUGUGAACUUUGCCAUCCAUGUUGUUGGAGUUUCUAUGCUUGUAGCCUCAAAAGGCAAGGCCGAGCGGAGGCAGGCGACUGUUCUGUCGGUGCACCAAGUUGCAGCCUUGGAGUACAUGCUACAGGAUGUUGCUGAGGAAGUGGGUCUGAGUUUUUCUGGAGAUCGCAAGGGCCCAGUGCUGCCCGCGCCAGAUCAGCGCGGGGGAUGGACUAAGCGAAGUGUGGAUGCUGGGGAGGUGACCAAAUGGCUUCAUGCUUUGCUGGCGAGAUCGGGGAAUGAAGCAAGCCCCGGUACUACGUCCCACACGGUGAAGAGUACGGUUCUCAGCUGGUGCGCCAAGUAUGGAAUGGCCCGACACCCGAGGCUUCAGCUGGGACAUCAUACAUCGGGGGACGGAUCGCUGGACACUUACGGCAGGGAUACUUUGGCCCCGGCCCUUUUACAGCUUACAAGCAUGCUAGAGUCCAUCCGGCGAGGAACGUUUCUUCCUGACCUCACGCGCUCGGGACGUUUCCGGAAAAGGACCUCGAUAAAGGUAGAGAGCUCCGAUGAGGAAGCCGAG